CGCCGAGUAGUGAGGCAAUAUUUUUAGCCGAUGCUAAUCAGCUAAGCUGCGUCGUAACAAAUGCAGAUGAACAAGCUAGGCGAGGAGUUUUUAUUUUCGUUUUUCUGUACGUUGUUAAAUACCUAGUUUGUAACGGACAUGGCGGCGUUUCUUUGUCGCGGCGGUGCGAAUUAAGCGAGCGCGGUUGGUCUGCACGGUUUGUUUGUUUUUUCAGCUUAGCCGUUGUGCUAGGUUCGGUAUGCUUUUGCCUUCAUUAGCAUGGAGACAAAGCGAGGGGAGAUUCCCAACGGCGUAUUGGACGACCUCUGCAGUCGUUUCAUCCUCCAUAUCCCCAGUGAAGAGAGGGACAAUGCCAUCCGAGUUUGCUUCCAGAUCGAACUUGCCCAUUGGUUUUACCUGGACUUCUACGUGCAGAAUACACCAGGAUUACCUCAGUGUGGGAUAAGGGACUUUGCCAAAGCUGUUUUUAAUCACUGUCCAUUCCUGCUUCCCCAAGGAGAGGAUGUUCAAAAGGUUUUAGAUCAAUGGAAAGAGUACAAGAUGGGCGUUCCUACAUAUGGUGCAAUUAUCCUGGAUGAAACCCUUGAUAAUGCAUUAUUGGUGCAAGGAUACCUGGCCAAAUCAGGAUGGGGUUUUCCUAAGGGAAAAGUCAACGAGGACGAGGCACCCCAUGACUGUGCUGUACGAGAGGUUUUAGAGGAGACCGGUUUCGAUAUCAGAGACCGUAUCUGCAAAGACACCUUUAUCGAGCAGAAAAUCACAGAUCAACUCGCUCGACUGUACAUAAUCCCUGGUGUACCAAAGGAGACCAAAUUUAACCCCAAAACCAGAAAAGAAAUAAGGAAUAUUGAGUGGUUUCCUGUGGACAAACUCCCAAGUCAUAGAAAUGACAUGACCCCCAAAUCCAAGCUCGGCCUGGCUCCUAACAAGUUUUUUAUGGCUAUACCUUUUAUGAGACAGCUCAGAGAAUGGAUCGCCAUGCAUAAACUGGAGUCAACCAGCAGCGAUGAGGAUUUUUUAUCCAAUGGCAACACUCCAUGCAAACCUUUACGAUCGAAGCCCAGGCACUCAAAUAUAGCAAUGGAGGCGUCUCCAGGCGAAGGCUGGGCAAAGCAAAAGCAGCAGAAAGCUUUUGGGCAACCUGGUCAAUGUGAGCUCGCCGACUUUCUCAGAAACAAGAACCAUAAUGUGAAAUGCAAUGGAAGGAAGCACCAGGAUUCGCCUAAUGUAAGGAAAAGAACGAAUGAGAGAGAUGAAAAAAAGCUUCAGCCCAGAAGACUGCAAGAUAACUUUGAUGCAGAUGCAGCGAGUGACGUGCAUGGCGUGAAUGGGCAGUCAGAGGGCGAGCAUGUUCACUCCUCAAAGUCCUUCCUUAACUUCAAGUUCGAUUGCGAGGCAAUCAUGAAGUCAUGCUUUGACUCUUGACUACCUCCAUCUUCAGUUUUCUCAAUUUUAAAGGCACAGUUUGUUGCAGUUUGAGCCGUUCUUGUACACUCACAUGUUCAUUCUUUGGAGAAAAAAAAAGGGCCGUCAUAUAUGGGUUGUUGGACCAAUAUGACCUAACAUUUGGCAUCCACAAAAUAGAUUUGUAUGUGUGACUCAUACAUGCUGAAAAUCAUGGGUCAUUUUAGAUUGGCAGCGAUGAUAUUCAGAUAUGUGCAAUCAUUGUAAUAUUUCCCCUUCUUUGAGGUUUUGGUAUUUACAUACAGUCACACAGAAACGUUGUUGAGCUUUUGGCACUGAAACAGUAAAAGCUUCUCAAUAAAACAACGCUUCUAAUUUACCAGGUUCUCUGUGAGUAAAUAGAAAACUAUUUCUGAUUCUAGUUCUUUAAAUCCAGUGUUGUAUGUGUUUCAGCUCUAAAAAAAAAAAAAUACAACUAAACCAUGAUGCACUGCUGUAUCUUUAGGAUCUGAACACAUUGCUUAUUUCAGAAUCAUGUAUUUGCUGCAUUCUCUAAUCUAGAGUAAACAUAUUGACAACAUAAUAACAAUAGCUACAGGAGCCUUAAAAGUCAAAAAGUCAUUAAAAUUUGGAUACCUUUUUUUUUUGGAAAUGAAAUCAGUCUUAUUUUGCUCUUCUCUAUGCUGAGUUAUAGAAGACGUUAAAGCUGGAGUUAUUACACUCUGCUUAUGUAAGAGCUUUCUGAUCUAGUUUUCCAUGAUCAGGCUAAAUUAUCACUUUUGUGUCUGGAAAAGAAAAGUCACAUUUAUGUCUUUGAAUGUGAAUCUUUUAAGUGAUAAUUACGUUGUUUUUAAAGGAGCAACUGUAUUUUACUUUCCAACAGGCUUUAAAAUGCUGCUAGAGUUUUACAUGUCACCUGAUUUUUUUUUCUGCCAUUUUUUCCUUUAAUUUUUUUUUUCAACGUUCUCUGUAAAGUGGCACUGAUUCUGUCAAAAGUAAAUGCAGUCCAUGUGGAAAUCUCACUCGUAUGAAAAUGUAUUUACACCUCUAUCCAGUGGGUACUUUCAGUCUCACCAUAUGUGUGUAGUUCCUUUUUUUAAAUAAAGCUGCUGUUUUUUGACAGUAUUAAAA